UUUCAGGCGAAGGUGAACACAGUGUACACGGACCUGGAACAUGAGUAGUGCUUAAAAAAAGACCUGAAGAAAAUAAUCAGAAAUAUUAAAGUGAAGCUAGGGCUACGACAACAGCAGCGACGUUUAUUUGAAUCCGUUUUCUGGCUUUAUUUAGGCUAAAACGUGCGGAUUGUAGGAGUGAAACAACCCACCACAGUCCUGUCCAGCAGAAUGGACGCAGCUCCAGGAUAAAGUAAAGCAUGUCUCCUACUGUUUACCUGUCUCUGCUGCUGGUGUUACUGUGUCACCAGCGGGUCACCUCGGGCUCACAUGUCCUCAGGAACCAGCCUGGUGUCGGAAUAGCCGGGCGGUCUUCAAACUCCACACUAGUCACGAUGUAUCACAGCAGCAGCGAUGAGUGUGACCAUGUGAUGAACGUCAGCGCUGCAGACCGCUGUGCGUUUGUGAAGAGUACACCAGACUGUAACAUGGAGGAUGGCUUCAUUAACUACCUUAAUGUGGCUUUCUGUCUGCUUCGGCCCAGCCUCACACCUCUCACCAUCACUCUCUGUAUUAUUUGGCUGUUCUUUUUGUUCUUCAUUCUCGGGCUCACAGCAUCUAAGUUUUUCUGUCCCAACCUGUCAGCCAUCUCCACCAGCCUGCACCUCACUCACAAUGUGGCUGGUGUGACGUUUCUGGCUCUUGGUAAUGGAGCUCCUGACAUCUUCAGUGCCAUGGCAGCUUUCUCCCGCCCACACACUGCCGGGCUGGCUGUCGGAGCCUUAUUUGGAGCUGGUAUAUUUGUCACCACUGUAGUCGCAGGCAGCGUGGCGCUGGUCAAGCCUUUUGCUGUAGCCUCCCGUCCAUUUCUGCGUGACGUCACCUUCUACAUGGUGGCGGUGUUUUGGACUUUUGUCAUGUUGUACAGAGGAACCACAACACUAGGAGAAACACUAGGGUACAUUGGCCUCUAUGUGAUAUAUGUGUUGACUGUUAUCAUCAGCGCGUACAUCUACAACAGGCAGAAACAUUCAGUGAACUCCAGUGUGCGGAGUACUGCACAUGUUCCAGCAGAGUUUCACUCAUCCGACUCGUCUGAUGAUGAUGUUCCCUGCCUGACUGGAGGAACCAUCCAACAGGAGUAUGAGUCAGAGUACAGGCCGCUUUUGCCUUACUCAGAGUCCACAACUCAGAUCCUGCUGCGCUCUCUGAACCCGGUGGACCUCAGGAAGUGGCGGAGGAAACCAUGGAGCUGGAGAGUCCUCAAAGUACUGAAGACACCACUGGAGGUCCUGCUGUUGCUCUGCAUCCCGGUGGUCGACCCCGAUAAAGAAGACAGGAACUGGAGUCGUCCACUGAACUGCCUUCAUCUGAUCACCGCUCCUCUGGUGUGUGUGCUCACCUUCCAGUCUGGGAUAUAUGGAGGCUAUAUGAUCCAUGGAGAGUUUCCCCUCUGGCUGCUGGUGCUUCUUCUGGGACUCUUCCUGUCUGCUAUUGUCUUCUGCACCACCACUAAUGACUGUCCUCCCCGAUACCAUCCACUGUUUGCUCUGUUGGGCUUCAUAGUGAGUGCAGGGUUGAUCAGCGCAGCGGCCUCUGAAGUGGUCAGUCUUCUGCACAUGCUCGGUGUGGUGCUGACUCUCAGCAACACUGUCCUGGGGCUGACUCUGUUGGCCUGGGGCAACAGCAUAGGAGACUGUUUUUCUGACAUCACCAUCGCCAGACAAGGUUAUCCACGGAUGGCCAUAUCUGCCUGCUUUGGAGGCAUCAUUUUCAACAUGCUGUUUGGAGUGGGUUUAGGAUGUCUGGUGCAGAUGGUUAAAACACACUCUUAUGUGCAGUUUGAAGUAGAGGGUUUGCUGACGUGGAUUCUCGCAGGAUCUCUGGGUUUGUCUUUGGUCCUGUCCUUCGUCAUCGUUCCACUGUGCCGGUUCCACUUGGGUCGGACAUACGGGAUCUUUCUCCUCCUCUUCUAUGCCACCUUCCUUCUCAUUGCAUUGCUAACAGAGUUUGGCAAGAUCCACAUGGCGUAGAUCUGACUCUCAGGCCAAUCUGAAAUGAGGGACAUCCUCCUGUAGUGCAACAUGACACACUGGAACAGAAUGACACCAUCUUCUGCACAUAAUAUUAAUGCACUAUUUAUACAAGAGUCAUCGGUACACUUUGUGCUCUGACAAAUGAAUGACAAUGUUCUGCUCAGGGAGAGCUCAAACUGAUCACACUGUGCCUUUAUUCAACUUAUCGUUUGUGCUGGAACUGUGACGGCACUUUGUGAGUCCAGAGGGAAAAUACAGGAUGUAGAAAUUUAUACUUUAAACAUUGUGAAUUAACUAAAAAGUACUGUAAAUCAAAAUGUUAAAAUGAACCUGUACAAAGCUUCUUUUGGGGCAUUAAAUAAUUUUGUUUUGGUA